CCAUUGCGAAUCGAUCCGAGAGAGAAGCGUAGGACGUUACGGAGGGAGCGAGAAAGACAUGGAGAAGGCGGCCACCGGCAAGCAAGCGCAGUCAUCGUCGUCGUCACCGCGAUACAAGGGAGUGCGGAUGAGGAAGUGGGGCUCGUGGGUCGCAGAGGUGCGGUUUCCCAACAGCCGGGAGAGGCUGUGGCUCGGCUCCCACCCCACCGCCGAGCAGGCCGCCAGGGCCUACGAUGCUGCCGUGUACUGUCUCCGUGGCACUCGUGCGGCGUUCAACUUCCCCGACCAGCCGCCCCAAAUACCCUCGGCGGAGAGGCUGAGCAAGGAGGAGAUACGGGCGGCGGCCAUGCAGUUCGCGCAGGAGGAGACGAGGCGGCCUGCUGGGGAAGCACAGGAGAGUGGCGGGGAGAAUUCGACGGAGGCGGUGGGUCAAGGGAAGGGGAGCUCGGUGACGACGGCAGUAGAGGGAUUGAUGAUGGAGGAUUCUUUCGUAGCAGCAGGAGCACUACCGGAGUGGUGGACCGAGGAGGAUGAGGAUGCUUGGGGUGCUGUUGCUGCUUCUACCGAUGACAUAUAUAGCUCAUCACCUCUCUGGAAUUUCUAAUAUUAAUUCUCAGUCCAUUUUAUUGUGUCUAAAAAUGAAACUUGAGAAAUAAGUUUGCAACAUCAUCACAAAAAGUUAUAGUCGUCGACAAUAAACUAUACGACUGUCAGCUCUCUUGAUAGUCUCUGAUGAGAUAUCCCGAUGAUUCAACUGUUGAGACCAACGGGC